UGGCUACUCGUUGACCCAAUGAGAAGCUCGCGGUAGACUGUUGCUGAAUGAAAAUGACAGAGGCCAUUUUGCGCACGAAGCUUCGGAAUCAUUCAACAAUAUUUCAAACGGAAACAGGAGGCAGGUUCCGUCCAUUUGUGGAGAAGGGGCGAGUGCUUUGAAGCCGGCGGAGUAGCACCGCAGUGGGUUGUGUUCUGGCGCAUGUGGACAAACACGGCAUGCGGUAAGGCUGAUGUAGUGCCACGCCGCGGCUUCCCCGGGGGUUUGUGUCGCUAGAAAACAGGACAGGACAACUUAACCGCAUUGCUAUACGAGCCCCUGUGACCCCCGAGAGAGCAGAGGGGAGUUGGCUUUAGCCACUUAGCUAGCCGACACCGGCAACAUCCAUGCGCGUCGACGAAACAGGUGUACGGUUUCAUCACACGGACACAACAGCACCGGCAGCUCCGGAGUCGGCUCUAGCCCCUUGUGUGUUUACUUCAGUCCCCAUCCGAGCCAGGACUUCACCCAUUUCACAUGGAAGAAGCUGUUUACUUGACUAUAUGUUGCGGAAUUAACCGAGUGUGUUUAAGGCAUUAAACAGGGGCGAGAUCUGGGACUAGGAGUCGCACGCAGAAAAGUCAGUAAAAGAAGAGAAAGGGGAAGGAAAAGAAAAGAAAAGCCUGCCAGGCACUGAGCUCACCUUUACCUGAGUCGCCAUAGCAAGUUUCCAGUCGUUUGGUUUUUAUGACGAAAAUUGUGCCCACUUGUAUUGGAUCAGUAGGAAUUGCUCUUCAGUAUGAAUACAGAUAGCGGAGGAUGUGCUCGCAAAAGCGUGGCCUUGUCACUCAUACUUUCUCCCAUGAAGAGGGUCCAGAGCUCACCAAAUCUAGCCACAGGGAGUGAUUCUCACUCAUCAGACUUGGAUUCUUGGCGUUCACGAAGUGUCACAGAUGGCCUUAAGAAUGGAGAUGCCAGCAGCUCAUCUCUUGCUGCCAAAGGUUUCCGCAGUGUCAGACCUAAUCUGCAGGACAAAAAGUCACCUACACAGGAUAUCAAUCACUUGCCAAUCCCACCCCCGAGGAGAGAGAGUUUUCAGUUCUCACCCACUGGCACUAAUCCACCAACCUACAGCUCCCUCGUUGCUCUGGAUAAUGAUUUGACCCCUGGAACAAUAACAUUCACUCAGACCCAGAAUUCAGUUAUGAAAGAAUCCUACACUGUUAGUAGCACAUCUUCUUAUGCCUACUCAGAGAUCGGUGAAAACCCCUCUGCACCUCCACCAGUCCAGCAGAUACACCAGAGCACUGUCCCAGAUGAAAAAAACAACUGUAACACAUCCACAACUGCCAAUACACGGAUCCGGGAACGAAAGAGUGCCUCCGUUUCUGUCAACUUGGGACAAGAAGCCCCGAAACAUCCCGAUCUUCAGCCUUCAAAACCCACAGUGGAAGUCAAGGUCGCGGAUCAAGCCCCUAAUCAAACCUUACAUGCAGCUCUUUCCCAGAUGGAGACGAUGAAGCCUCCUCCUGCUGUUCCUCCAAGACCCUCACCUGCAGAACUGUUGGGGCCUCCCUCCCCCGAACCCACAGCACGGCACUCCCCCUAUCGUUUCCACAGCUCCGAAUCACUCGACUACCUGUCAGGCCUAAUGCCCAAGGCGCUCUCGCCCACUCCGUAUGUCCCUAGUGGAGCUGGCAGCACGGCUGGCGCAGUCAGUGGGCCGAAUCUUACCGCAGUGAGCAGUGCGAGCAUCGGUGGCUGCGUGUCACCUUCAGCUUCCCCCGUGACGGUGUCCGCUCUCAGCCACUACUCGACAUCCACGGCGGGUCUGCUGGACGAGCUGCAGAUCUGUAGCCUGGACUCACCCAGCGCUUCACCCACACCAUCGCCUACCCUCAGCCAUGUCUCUGCCUACACAUCCACUGCUGGCCCCGAUGAUGUGCUAACAACCUCUGUGGUCUCCACUGCUGCGGCAGCCACUGUCACUAACGGCCAGGUCCUCUCUCAUGCUAUGAAUGGAAGCACUGGUCAUCCACAGAGGCCACUCUCUCCUCCGUCCUAUCCUCCUCCCCCCACAUCACUUCACACUGGGCUGCCGAGACAGAGCAGGAGUUCAGAAGGGAAUGAGUCUGUCACUAGAGAAUCAGUGGUGUCAGGCCACACUAGCGUCAGCAGCACUGUGCCCAUCGCCCGCUUCACAGAGGAAGAGAAAAAGGUGUCAGUCAUCAAAGCCCCCCAUUACGAAGGCAUCGGACCUGUGGAUGAGUCCGGCAUACCUAUUGCCAUCCGCACGACGGUUGAUCGGCCUAAGGACUGGUACAAAACGAUGUUCAAGCAGAUUCACAAAGUUCACAAAGCUGAUGAUGACUAUUCUGAUACAUACAAUGCAACAUAUGCUGUCAUAAACAAUGCAGAUGAUUACAGCCUUUCAUCUAAUGCCACCAUAGCCCACCCUGCUCCCAGGACUCACACAUACCGACCACUUGCCAAAAGCCCCUCAGACAACGGAGGGCAUCCGGGGCCUCAGGAGCCUUCGCCUUCCCCUGUGCCCCCGCCACCCCCACCAAUGCCCUCCCUCCUCCAGCUGAGGGCUAGAGACAGCGACCGUGACAAAGACUCGCCAGACAUCAGGAAUGAAUGGGGUCCUCCCGACAGGAAAGUAGACACAAGAAAAUAUCGAGCUGAGCCCAAGAGUAUAUUUGAGUAUGAGCCUGGGAAGUCCUCUAUUUUGGAGCAGGAAAGACCUACCUAUGAUGACAUAGAUUUAGAGAACGAGCCUUGGUAUAAGUUCUUUUCCGAGCUGGAGUUUGGGCGGCCGCCUCCUAAAAAACGGCUGGAUUAUAAUCCAGACAUCUCCGCUCGCCAACGCAUUGAGACAUCCCUGCAUAUCGCUCCUGCUGACAAGGCUCCAGAGAGACCUGCAAGUUCUGCCAGUGACUACAGAAAGAGAAGGAAGUCAGAGCCAUCAAGUUCCCAAGCAAAUGCUCAGAGUAGAGCUGUGACCUCCCCUAAACCAGUAGAAACCUACAGAGUCAGUAGCAGCCUAAAGAAACCUGUCAUUCGUUCCUCACCUUCCUCACCCUCCAGAGCCAAAGGUGGGGACGCAUGCAACAUGUAUUCAACCAGUUUAACCUCUCCAGGUUCUUAUAAGCGCCCCUGUCUACCUCCUGUCCCAUCUGAUCCUGGUGAUUGCAAUGAGGAUGCCAGUCAGGAGGGAAGCUCCUCCUCCAAGCAGUCUGUUUGUUGUAAGAACAGCUGGCAGAUAAAACAUCAGGAUACAGAGACAUGGAGCAGUGUUGAGGAAGUGCCGCCCGCCCCUGGCAAGCUCAAAUCACGCAGCUGUGAUGACUUACUAAAUGAUGGGCAUCCUGGCUCAAGUGGACGCAGUGCUACCCGCUCAGAAAGCGCAGGGUCAUUAUUAUGUGAUGGAAAUCCCUCCGGUUCAACUGGAUCCACCUCUACUCGUUCUUUGCCCCGCCUCCACCGGCGCCGUGCACACGAUUCACCGGGCUUUCUCCAGUUGUACCGUAAGAUGCACCACAUCGACCGUGCUCAACUUAUCCCAUCUGAAGUCAUACGUUCAGUUCGCGCCCGUAUCUUGGAGCUCGAGCGCCAGCCUCACCUGCAUCGCCUGUCGCCUUGGGCACCUUCAUGGGGUGUGGACGUUCCACGUGAUAUGGUGCCAAACCGUAUUUCUGAAUAUGAGAGACUUAUUCAGAAGUCCAAAUCCAUGCCCAACUUGGGUGAUGAUGUGCCUUCAGGCACUGUGACCCCUGGUGGUUCAUCGUCUCGAGCUAGCAGUGGUGGUGGUGGUACACCUAGUUUCCCAAAACGGCGUUUCUCCAUAGAAUCUUUAUUAGAGGAAGACAACAAUGGUAACAGCGGAGCAGUAUCACAUGCCCUGGAUCACUUGCAUGGACGUCGUAGUCCACCUGAGGGCCAGCCUCGUGUUGGGCCUGAGCCAGGCCGUGGUAAUUCUUUUUCUGUUCCUCCUCUUCCUCAAGGCCCACAAGCCAACGCGGACUAUUCUGACAGUGAACAGGACGCUGUUGCAUCAGACCUCAGUGACUUUAUCCAGGUGGAGGGAUCCUCAUUUUGCAGUGAGAGUGACUUUGACCAUUGCUCAUUAACAUCCUCUGAGAGCUUGUAUGGCUCUUCUAACCUCCACCACCACCACCACCAUCAUCUCCGUCAUCACCACCACCAUCACCACCACCACUCUGCUCAUCAAAGUCUAGGCCAGAGCCAGGGAUACCAACACCGGCACCUCAUCAGCACAUGCAAAGGCCGUUGCCCAGCCUCUUAUACCCGUUUCACAACUAUGCUUCGUCAUGAGAGAGAACGGGCACGUCAGGAGCACCAGAGACCGUCACAGCCAAGUCGCAACAGACAUUCCCAAAUCCAAAGCUCACAGUCCCAGCAAGCGAUGUCCAAGCUGGCCUUCCUGGUCAGCCCAGUGCCUUUCCGCAGGAAAAAGGGCUCACCACCUACCUCUAGGCGAAGCAGUAGUGGUGCAGGUCGAGGUAGCAGACCCAAAUCUAAGCAGGCCAUAUAUGAAGCACUAGACGCAGCCUUGAGAGAUAUAUACGAGCACAUCCAAGCAGAGAGAGGCCACAGAGGCACAAGGGCACCUGACGACAGCAUCCUGAGGAGAAUUUUGGCUGAACUGCUGCCAAAUGUGCCUGAACGAAGCUCCUCCUUGCGAGGAAGAAGGGGGUGCUGGCAUGGAGGUCACUCUUCCGCAUCUUUGUAUCCAGAUGGAAGCCCCACUGGGUAUGCCACUUACAGAGAGGAUCCCUCCACACCACGGUUACAGUCACCACGGUUACAGUCACCACGGUUACAGUCACCAGUCAGUGCCUGUUAUGGACGCCAUUCUGAAACCUCAAACAAUAAUGAUUAUGGAGAGGAGCAGGGCAAUGGAAAUGGUCUCUGUUACUCAGACCAGGAUGUCUCCAGGAGUUAUUCUACUAUGGACGGACGGCACACACCACAGAGUAGAAGACCUACUCCUGACAGAGAGGUAUCCCAUAAACAGAUGACACAACUUAUUCUCUUCUCUCUCCUUCAUCAGAAACAGCCCGCAAGAGCCAUUUAUGAUUUUAAGGCACAAACAGCUAAGGAGUUAACAUUUAAGAAGGGUGAUGCGGUGAACAUCAUCAGGCAAAUAGACAGCAACUGGUAUGAAGGGGAGCACCGUGGGCAGGUCGGCAUAUUCCCCAUAUCCUACGUAGAGAAGAUGCCGUCCUCAGAGAAGCAGCAGCCGAUCAGGCCUCCUCCACCUGCUCAUGUCAGAGAGAUCGGAGAAGCAGUGGCUCGCUACAACUUCAAUGCUGAUACUAAUGUGGAGCUCUCUCUCAGAAAGGGUGAGAGAGUCAUUGUGAUAAGACAGGUUGAUCAGAACUGGUAUGAGGGGAAAAUCCCAGACACCACCAAACAGGGCAUCUUUCCCGUUUCCUACGUCGACGUUGUUAAGCGUUCCCCAUCCAAAAGCUCUGCCCACCAUAUAGACCCACAUAUGUAUCCUGGGAACAGGACACCGAGCUCUACACCCAUCAAGCGAUUAGUACAGGACGCUCUCCAUGGAGGAGGAGACCCAUACCAGGCUCUGUACAACUACCUGCCUCGCAACGAAGAUGAGCUCGAGCUGCGAGAGGGAGACAUUGUUGAUGUGAUGGAAAAGUGUGAUGAUGGCUGGUUUGUCGGUACCUCUCGGAGGAGCAAGUUGUUCGGAACCUUCCCAGGAAACUACGUAAAGCAGCUAUAAUGAUGAUUCCAGGCCCCCUGGCCCCGCCCAUUACUGUCACAUCAUCGCCCAGCACAGCAGUCGCAGGAUGCCAUUUCUCAAGACUCUGCAACCGACACCCGUCACAUAUUCAUACGUCCCCUGUGGCCGUGCAGCUCAUCAGCUUCACUCAGACUGAACAUUUAGCUCUAACUAGCCACCUUUAAUGGAAGACUUCUAUGAAAUAAUGUUGUUUUUUUAAUCUUCUCUUUAUAUCCUUAUUUUUCUAUCCCGGAGAACCCAAACUUUGUGCUCCAGUCAGUGACCUUAAACUUUGGACAGUGAUGGAACAAUAUCAGACAAACUUUGCAAACACACAGCGAUAAUCGACACUGCAGAGAUGCUCUUCUGUCUGGGCAGUGGUAUCUACAAGAUCUUUGAUCAUUAUUUUGCUGAUUUUUACACAGUUGUUUCAUUUCAUUGUUGUUUUCAUCAUAAAACAUCUCCAAAGCAUACAGUGUUUUAACAGUGUUCCUUCCGCAGAUCUGUUGUAGGGAUCACAGCCGAUGUUUGAGGUGAAAGGAUGUCGAUGCUCAGCUGUUCCAUGAGGGAAACAGUCUGAAUGUGUCACUGCUACAUGUUUCUCAUUUGGUAUUGAUUUGUUGAUAUAGAUCUGGGGAUAUCUGUACUUUAAACACUAUUAUUAACCAUAAUCAAGACAUUAUUUAAAACGAUGCAAAUAAGGCCGUGUGGAUGGGGGGGUGCUGUACUUUCUGUCUGCACCUAAUAUGUUAACAUAAAAUUAGACUAAUCAGAUCCUUUCAUCUUGUUGGUUUCAGUGUUUUGUCAUCUUCACACUAGGAUUGAUGCACUUUAACAAAACUUUAACACAGUUUUGUGUUUUAUUUCAGAUUUCACCUGUAGGUUUUACACACACUAAACGUCACUAAGACCCUGAGGGGCUUCGGGGGGGAUAUUGGUCAUAUCUGAAGUGUAUGCAAAAAAAGGUUCAGAGCCUUUUAGGUAUUAUAUUUAUUAGAGAAUGAGUGCUGUCAAACUUACUCAAAAGAUGGAACAAGUUGCUUUUUUUUUUUUUUUUUUUGCAUUGAUGAAUUUUAUAGUCACAUAUUUCAGCCACAAAUCUGCAUUUUAAAGGAUUGUUAUAGCAACAAGUGAUGUUUAAGUUUGUAAAUCCGUGCAAAUAAACAUGACGACAAAGGAGGACUAGGGCCAGACUGAGGAUUAAAGAGUCUGGAGAGAAUGAAGUUGUAAUAUUGCAAUACAGUUGCAAUAUUUAGAGAAAAAAAAUCCAUAAUAUAAUGACAAUAACAGCAAACUUGCACAAAUAACAUUGUGUGAUUUAAAAAAAAAAAAAAAAAAAAGGUUAAAUAUUACAAGAGUUGUCAAAAUUCCUGACUGACAUGAACACACCAGUCUGAGCUGACUCACUCAAUGCUGCAUUAUAUUAUUUUGUGCUACAUGACCUAUAAAUUUCUUUUUAAUUUUCAUACAGUUACUAUAGCUUUAUUCUCAUGAUGUUGACUUAUUUUUCACAAUAUUAUGGCUUUUUUUUUUUUUUACUUUCUAUGUAAUACCAAUGGCUUUUCCUCCAAAUACUACAACUUUAUCUUGUAAUAUUUGAACUUUUUUCUCUAAAUAUGGCAACUUAUAUAACAUAACUUUAUGACUUUUAUUUACACAAUAUUCUGACUUUUUUUCUCCAACUUUAUUCAUGCAAUACGACCUCCUUUUCGAUAUUAAUACGACGCCCAGUGUGGCCCUGAGGCUCUGUUGUACAUAUAGAGCUAUAAUGAAUUGCCAGGUGUCAUGGAGUUAUAUGUUGAACUUAUUUAUGUCAGAUAAUAAUGAUUUAUAUCAGACGGUGCAGCCACGGAGCUGCAUUUUUUUUGUAGCGCCAUUGUCGACGCUGCUGGCGGAGUAGUGCGCCUCAUUGUUCAUGUGUUGGUAAACUUACUAACAGUUUCCAUCUUAGAUUGGUGAAUAUGAUGUAUGUUUUUUUUUCUUUUUUUUCUCAUUAUACAUGUUUCACAUAGGCUGGACACUGACAACAAAUCAAUUGUUAAAGCACCUUAAAAUGUAUUUUGUUGAGCAUUAAUUGUCCUUCACGUCACUCCCUGUCAUUCACAAUUUCAGCCGGUGUGAGAACACUGUGUGUGUGUGUGUGUGUGUCUGUGGUGUUUUUGUAAGCCUUUUGUAUGAGAGCUGUAAAAUGGCCAACAUCCACUGCUUUAUAAAGUCAUCUUUUUCUCACCCACCAUCAUAUUUGGUUUCCUCUCUUUUGUUCAUCUCGCCUUUUCAUUUACCGGUUGUGCUAAUUUCUACUUUUUUUUUUUUUCAAACCGUACUAUAGUAGCCAGGCGUGUAGGCCUUCUUUGCAGUUAUUUGUGGUUCUUUUGUUUUAGGAGUUGGUGAUGUAUUUAGACUUGAGUUACUGUAGGCAGAUCAGGCAGAGUGUGGACUGCUGCCUUACAUUGAACUCACUAAUUUAACAGCCAUGUACUGUAUAUGUAAACCUCCUCUGUAAUGCAAAAAAA